UUUCAAUGGUUAACGGCCUGAGUGAAUCAUCUUUUAUGUAUCCACCAUCUUUGGUCGUUACCUUCACUAAGAAGUCAUCUGUUAAAAUGGCUAAACUAACGUCUUUAUUUGUAAUCUUAUUGUCUUUUUUUUGUAUUAGUGAAGCUGUUUUCGAAGAUCAAGUUGGAAAAUUUGAUUGGAGACAGCAGUAUGUGGGGAAGACGCUCUUUGCCCACUUUGAGUCGAAUACACAGUCGUCUAAAAAGCUGUUCGUCGCCACCGACAAGAAUAUCUUUGCCUCUUUCAACUCCAGGACUGGAGAUCUCCUUUGGAGACAUGUGGACAAGACCGGACCAGAGGGAACCAUAGACAUACUUCUGCUGCAUGGACAAGAUGCUCUGAUGGUGGUUGGAGAUGGUCGUUUGCUCCGUUCCUGGGACACAAACAUUGGCGGGCUGAACUGGGAGGCCGUGCUGGAUACUGGCAGCUUCCAGGCUGCGUGUUUUGUGGCCAUACAGGACACCGUAAAGCUUGUGUCAGUGCUGAAGAAAGCUGCCAUCUCUCUUCACUACUUAUCCAAUGGACACCAGAAAUGGGUGGAGAAUCUGCCUGACAGUGAUGCAGUCCAGUACCAGGCAGUGUACUCUGGGGGAGAAGAGGAGGUCUAUGUGUUGGGGGUGGUUCCUAACUCUCACCUCACUAUCAUAGCCUACAGCCUAGAGGAUGGAGAGAUCAUCAAGCAGAGAUCAGUCGAAGCCUCAUGGCUGUCCAGUGUUGAGUCCAGCUGUGUGGUGGUUGGUCAGGGGGUGCUGAUGUGUGUGGAUCCCGCCACUCUCGCCCUCUACACCCUCCCGAUACAGGCUGAGGAGACCCCAGAGUUCAGCCAGAUCCUACUACAGUCUCUGGAUCUGGAGGUGUCCCCAGGCUUCCAGCCCAUCCUGGUGUCCAGCCAGCCCCACCCAGCCCGCUCCCCCCUCUCAGAGUUCUUUCUCCAGCUCGGACCAGACCACCAUGUCCUGCUGCAGCUCAAUGCUGAUGGAUACACCAUCGCCCCACUCAGAGACUUCCAGCCGGCGUUCUUAGUCUCAUUUGCCACCACAGGGAAGAAGACCGUUGCUGCCGUCAUGACUCCCAAAAACGAAACGGCUUGCGCUAUCAAUCUGUUCAGCGUUGACUCUGGUCGCAGGUUGUUGGAUACCACAGUCCUGUUUCCCCUGGAGCUGAACGGUGGGGAACCACACGCGCUGUACGUCCAAGCCUUCCUGAAGAAGGACGACUCUGUGGGCUACAGGGUCCUAGUGCAGACACAGGACCAUGCUCUCACCUUCAUACAGCAGCCAGGACGUGUGGUAUGGACCAGAGAGGAGGCCCUAGCUGAUGUUGUUACCAUGGAGAUGGUGGACCUGCCACUCACUGGGACCCAGGCCGAGCUGGAGGGGGAGUUUGGCAAGAAAGCUGACGGGUUGUUCCCCAUGGUGCUGAAGCGUCUGUCAUCCCAGGUGACUCUGCUCCAGGCGUGGCUGGCCCACCUGUGGAAGUUGUUCUACGAAGCCCGUAAACCCCGCAGCCAGGUUAAGAACGAGGUCACCAUAGAAACGUUGUCCAGGGAUGAGUUCAACCUGCAGAAGAUGAUGGUUAUGGUCACCGCCUCGGGGAAGCUCUUUGGCAUCGACAGCAAGUCAGGCAGCAUUCUGUGGAAGCACUACCUGGAGAAUGUCCAGCCCAACGCAGCCUUCAAACUGAUAGUUCAGAGGACUACCGCUCACUUCCCACAUCCCCCACAAUGCACUCUGCUCAUCAAGGAUAAGGACACUGGCCUGGCCACCCUGCAUGUGUUCAACCCCAUAUUUGGCAGGAAGAGUCACAUCGCCCUGCCGGCCCUGCCCCGCCCCAUCCUCCAGUCACUGCUACUACCUGUUAUAGACCAGGACUACGCCAAGGUCCUGCUGCUGGUCGACGACCAAUACAAGGUGACAGCCUUCCCCUCCACUAAGAACGUCCUGCAGCAGCUCCAGGAGAUGGCCUCCUCCAUCUUCUUCUACCUCAUCCGCUCAGAUCAGGGAAACCUGUCUGGAUUCAGGCUGCGCAAGGACCUGUCCACAGAGCGGAUCUGGCAGGUGGUCCUUCCUACAGAGGUUCAGAAGAUAGUAGCGGUCAAAGGGAAGAGACCCAACGAGCAUGUCCACUCUCAGGGCAGAGUGAUGGGAGACCGUAGCGUUCUCUACAAGUACCUGAACCCUAACCUGCUGGCAGUGGUGACGGAGAGUACAGACACCCACCCUGAGCGGGCCUUCGUGGGCGUGUUCCUGGUCGACGGUGUGACUGGACGGAUCAUUCAUGAAGCCGUCCAGAGGAAGGCCAGGGGGCCCGUCCACUUUGUCCACUCUGAGAACUGGGUGGUGUAUGAGUACUGGACCACCAAGUCCAGGCGUAAUGAGUUCAGUGUGCUGGAGCUGUUUGAAGGGACAGAGCUGUAUAACAGCACAGUGUUCAGUAGUCUGGACAGACCCCAUCUGCCCCAGGUCCUCCAGCAGACCUACAUCUUCCCCUCUCCCAUCACCACUAUGGAGGCUACGCUCACUGAGAAGGGCAUCACCUCUCGACAUCUCCUGGUGGGGUUACCAUCAGGAGCCAUCUUGUCUCUCCCCAAGAUGUUCCUGGAUCCACGGAGGCCAGAGGUCGUCACUGAACACAGCCGUGAGGAGAACCUUAUACCCUACGCCCCAGAGAUGCCCAUUCGCACAGAGUGGUUCAUCAAUUACAAUCAGACCGUAGCGAGAGUGAAAGGAAUCUACACUGCCCCCUCUGGCCUGGAGUCCACGUGUCUGGUGGUUGCGUACGGUCUUGACAUCUACCAAACCAGGGUGUACCCCUCCAAGCAGUUCGACGUGCUGAAAGAUGACUACGACUACGUCCUGAUCAGCAGUGUUCUGUUCGCUCUGUUCUUCGCCACCAUGAUUAGUAAACGUCUGGCACAGGUCAAACUGCUCAACCGGGCCUGGCGGUGAAGAGUCAACUUCUCACCUUUCAACUCUGACCUCUCCGUUGCUGCAUGGAUGACCCCGGGACAGUGGACGAGCUGAAGCCGUUUUGGUGGGGUGGGUGGGGGGGGGGGUGGGGGUCGUCUUUCUUUUUCAAGGAAGAGAUUAAUUUCGGGUUGCCAGAUUUCUCUUUUUGUUUGUUUAAUUUAUUUGGUAAGACUUUGCAUUGAGGUAGAAUUUAAGGGGAUUUACGUUGCCUUCAGAACCUAUUCAUACCCCUUGACCUAAUCCACAUUGUUUUACAGCAUGAAUUCAAAAGGGAUUAGAUUUUAUUUUUGUCCCUCACCCAGCUACACACAAUAGCCCAUAAAGAAAGUGAAAACAACAUGUUUUUAGAAAUAUUUGUGCAUUUUAUUGAAAAUGAAAUCCAGAUCUAAUUUACGUAAGUAUUCACACCCCUGAGUCAAUACUUUGUAGAAACACCAUUGGUGGAGAUCACAGCUUUGCGUCGUCUUGGGUAUGUCGGUAUCAAGCUUUGUGUCAUCUGGAAUUGAGGAUUUCUUCCCAUUCUUCCUUUACAGAUUUUUUUCAAGUUCUGUUAAGUUAGAUGGGGAGCAGCGGUGAACAGCAAUCUUCAAGGUUUUCUCCAGAUGAGCUGUGUGUGUGGUUUUCUCCAGAUGAGCUGUGCCUGGUUUUCUCCAGAUGAGCUGUGUCUGGUUUUCUCCAGAUGAGCUGUGUCUGGUUUUCUCCAGAUGAGCUGUGCCUGGUUUUCUCCAGAUGAGCUGUGCCUGGUUUUCUCCAGAUGAGCUGUGCCUGGUUUUCUCCAGAUGAACUGUGCCUGGUUUUCUCCAGAUGAGCUGUGCCUGGUUUUCUCCAGACGUAGCAAUUAGCAUUCAGGCCAAAGAGUUCGAUUUUCAUCUCAUCAGACCACAAUCUUUUUAGAUAUACUCUUUCAAAUUGCCAGCUUCGGGCGUGCUGUCAUGUGGCCUUUCUCAGAAGAGGCUUCCAUCUCUCCCAUAAAGCCCAGAGUGGUGAAGUGCUGUAGAGACUGUUGUCCUUCUGGCAGGUUCUCCCAUCUCAGCCAAGGAUCUCUGUAGUUCUGUCAGAGUGGUCAUUGGGCUCUCCCUAAACAAGGUCCUUCUUCCCCCGGUUGCUCAGUUAGGCAGAGUCUGGGUAGAUCCAUAUUUUUCAAUUUCCCAAUGAUGGAGACCUCCGUACUCUUGGAAACUUUCAACACUCUAGAAGUCGUUGUGUAACCUUCCCCCGGAUAUGACCAAUUCUAUCUCGGUGAUCUACAGACAGUUCCUUGGGCUUCAUGGGAGAGAUGGAAGCCUCUUCUGAGAAAGGCCACAUGACAGCACGGGCUUCAUGGUAUGUUUUCUGUUUCUGCUGUCAACCAUAUAUAGACAGGUGUGUUUCUUUCUCAAUCCUGUCAAAACAAGUGAGUUGGCCACUCACUGGUGGACUCCAAUCAUGUCUCAAGGAUGAUCAAAAUGAAAACCUGAGCUCAGUUUGGAGUGUCAUAGCAAAGGGGUGUGACUACUUAUGUAAAUGAGAUAUUUCUGUAUUUUAAGUUUCAAUAAAUUUGCAUAAAAUUCAUAACAUGUUUUUACUGUCGUGUGUUUUCGGGCUGUAACACAACAAAUUGUAGAAUAAGUCAAGUGGUAUGAAUACUUACAGAAGGCACUGUCAUUGCUAUGAACAAAUAAUGAACUGUCGAAACCCUUUAUAGCCUCCCUUUUAAGAUAGCAAUGUAAAGUGGUUUUCAUGAUCUCACUUCAUGCAAUUAAAUAUAUUUUUUACCACAACGAAAGAGCAGUUAGAUGGGUACUUGGUGCAUUUCAAAGCAGGUGUUGUUAUACUGAAAUAUUAUUUAGCUCUGAAAGAUGACUAAAACGUCUUUUUUAAGAUUAGGCCUAAUCUAAGAUUACUAAAUGUGGUACAGAUUUCGAUAACUUUUUGUUUAUUUUGUUGUUUUUAUGUGUGCGAAAGGGGUAUGUUCACCAUGUUUAUGCCACAGAUACUUGAAGACCAUCCCUAUGACAGAUAGUGAAUUGGGGUGGGGGGGGGGUUUGUGUGUACUGAGGAGGUUCGUUUUUUGGGGUCGUCUGCCUCUGAGGCUCGCAGUGUUGGUCUUUUUAAGUCUUUCUUUGAUGCACUGGAAGUGUUGUGACUUAUCUUUGAACUAAUAUCCCCCCCCAUGGCUUUUGUGUAAAUUAUAGUUUGUAAGAUAUUUAUGUAUAUUUGUCUUUAAACAUGGAUUAGCAUGGUGCUCUAGAGUAUACAUUUUUUUCCCCUUUUGGGAUGAAUGGAAAACUCUGUUCAUGCAACACUUUCACAAAAACGCCAAUGCCCUCAAUAAAAUGAUGACUAUU